AUGCCUACAAAAAUUGAUGCUAUAGUAUACAUAACUGAUCAUUCCGAAUCACCAGUAAAGAAUUAUUUUUUAGUAGAAGCCAUUGGAAUUGGUAGACCUACAUAUCAGAGUGAUGAAGUACCAUACCAACUGGUAGGUCUUUACCCAAAAGAUUCUUCAAUAUCAACAUCGUUGGAAAGGUUUUCAAAUGGUGAUGUUGUUAGGAUAUCUGGCAAAUUCACGAUUUUGGAUAAAGAUUCUGUACAUUAUAUCAAGGUAUUGUUAUCAAAUGUUAAUGUUUUACCAAUUGAACCACAAAAUUUGCCUAAGGUAGACUUUUCCAUUUCGUUAAUGGCAACUGUGACAGACAACCCAAGCAGCAAAGAAAAUAAAAUCAACUUCACAAUUGCUGCAAAUGAAUACAUGGACUCACAUACAAAAACGAUGAAUUUUAACACCUAUGUUCAUUUGACUGAAGGGCACCUCAUAAAAGUAGCAAAUUCUGUCACUCGUGGAAGUGAGAUAUUUGUUGCUGGCAACCUUGAAUUAUUGGAACAAGGCCUGGUUGCUUUGCACGCUACUCAAUUAACAAUUAUUGCUACUACUACAUCUACAAUAAUAUCCAAUCAAAAAAAUACAAACUAUGCUUGGGCUGGUAGUAGCAAAAAUUCAAAAAGAACUAGAAAUUCUACAAACAAUGAGUAUGUGCCAACAAAUAAUAAAAUUCCGAAAUUAGCACAGAUUUCAGUGAAUAAUGUAAACAACUCAAGUAAUAAUGAAGAAAGCUCACCACAAGAUGUGUAG